AUGAGCCCCGUUGUGCGCCGCAUUGCUGUGCUGUUCAUAUCUGCGGCGCUGUUCCUCCUCGCCUUUCGCCAGCUCGGCGCGCGAAACCGCCUUCCUUCGCCUACUCUGAUCGCCUCCAAUCGCAUCUCGAGUCCCGUAGACUGGAAAAAAGUGCCGCAGAGACACCCGGUUUCUUCGCUGGCCCCGCUGCCCACGGGCUCCGCAACCCCCAUUCCCAGGAUCCAGCACGAGUUUGGAAUUGAGACGGAGCACAACAAGGCCGAGAGGCGCCAGCGGCAAAAGGCUGUCAAGGAGGCGUUUCUGCAUUCAUGGCGCGGCUACAAGCAGCAGGCGUGGCUGCAGGAUGAAGUCUCUCCGGUAACAGGGGGCUUCAAGAAUGGCUUUGGCCAGCGUGCAGCGACCUUGGUGGAUGCGCUGGAUACGCUAUUCAUCAUGGGCCUGGAAGACGAGUUUGAGCAGGCAGUGCAUGCUGUGAAAAAGAUUGACUUUACCACUGCAGCUGUCGAGCGCCUGAAUGUCUUUGAAACAACUAUUCGCUAUCUAGGCGGUCUGCUAAGCGCGUACGAUUUGAGCAAAGGGAAGCACUCGUCGUUGUUGCACAAGGCCACGGAGCUGGGUGACAUGCUAUACGCUGCGUUUGACACACCCAACAGAAUGCCAGUCACACGAUGGGACUGGGCAAAUGCUGCCCUACAUGGUUCCCAAGAAGCUGAUGCACAGGCACUCAGUGCGGAAAUAGGAUCACUGACCCUGGAGUUUACACGUCUCUCGCAGCUCACAGGCGACGCCAAAUACCACGAUGCAGUGCAACGAGUCACAAACGUACUCGAGAAGCACCAAAGCAAAACCAAAAUCCCCGGCUUAUUUCCGAUUCUCGUCAGUCCGUUCCGCGAGGAAUUCGAUACCGGCAACUCCUUCACCAUGGGCGGCAUGACGGACUCGCUGUACGAGUAUUUCCCCAAGCAGCACUUGCUCCUGGGCGGCGUUACAGACCAGUACCGCAAGAUGUACGAAAAGGCCAUUGAGCCCGCCAAGCAGCAUCUCUUCUUCCGCGCCAUGGUUCCUCACGGCCAGAAUUUCCUCAUCCCAGGCAACGCGCGCCUCAGCUCAGCCGGCUCGGUCAAGCUCGAGCCAGACGGCCAGCAUCUCGCCUGUUUCGCUGGCGGCAUGGUUGGUCUCGGCGCCAAAAUUUUCAACCGCACGGCCGACAUGGACAUUGCGCGGAAGCUCGUUGAUGGAUGUACGUGGGCGUACGAGGCCAUGCCUACGGGUAUCAUGCCCGAGACGUUUAGCAUGGUGCCGUGCGUCAACGACGACGAUUGCGCCUGGGACGUGGCAAAGUGGCAUGCAGCUGUCAAGAGCUCGUACUCGGGGUCUCUCCAUGCACAAGACUAUGAUAUCCAAGAUAUUAUUAAAGAGCUUGGUCUCCAGCCGGGUUUCUCGAGGAUUGGAGAUCCGCGGUUUUUGCUCCGCCCCGAAGCCAUCGAAUCCGUCUUCAUCCUCUACCGCAUCACGGGCGACUCUGCGCUGCAAGACACGGCCUGGCGCAUGUUUGAAUCCAUCCAAAACGCCACCAUGGCGGAAUUCGCGCACUCGGCUAUUGCUGAUGUCACGGUGCCCAAGGGCCAGGUGCCGCUCAAGCUCGACGAGUGCGAGAGCUUCUGGAUGGCCGAGACGCUCAAGUAUUUCUACUUGAUUUUCAGCGAGCCUGGCUUGGUCAGCUUGGAUGACUAUGUUUUGUAA